AGGCCGUCACUCACUCACUCACUCACUCACUCUGUCACUCUGGUCACUCUACGUCUAUAUAUAUAUAUGACCAGCCUGAUUUGAUCAACCGACGGCGGCGAUCGGAAAUGUGCAAACUUUCAUGACACUGAUCUUUCGAAUCGCCGUUGGAGAAUUCAUGAAGCUGGGUUGAGAAAAAAGGACAAUCUGAAAAGGGCAAAAAAUAUCAGAACAAAAUAAAAAACCCCCAAUUAUUUCUUCUCGUACGCUCUGCUUUUUGGUUGCAGAGGUGCAGUUACGGAGAGAGCGACAGUGAAGAAAAGGGGCAGCAGAAGCAACCUCCACCGCCAAUACCGACUCUUCGGUUUUUUGUUUUUGGGGGAAUGGACGAGAGGCCGGAGACGGAGUUGAUAUCGAUACCGGCGACGCCAAGGGCGUCAACGCCGGAGAUACAGACUCCGUCGGGGCAGAGGUCUCCGAGGCCGAAGGAGGCGAAGACGUCGGCGACGUGGACACCGACGUCGUUCAUAUCGCCGAGGUUUCUGAGUCCGAUAGGGACGCCGAUGAAGAGGGUGCUGGUGAACAUGAAGGGGUACUUGGAGGAGGUAGGUCACCUCACGAAGCUGAAUCCUCAGGACGCUUGGCUCCCCAUCACAGAGUCGCGCAAUGGCAACGCCCACUACGCCGCGUUCCACAAUCUCAACGCUGGCGUUGGCUUCCAAGCCCUCGUUCUACCCGUCGCCUUCUCUUUCCUCGGCUGGAGUUGGGGAAUACUUUCGUUAACCAUAGCCUACUUUUGGCAACUCUAUACUCUCUGGAUUCUAGUCCAGCUACAUGAAGCAGUUCCCGGGAAGAGGUACAACAGAUACGUGGAGCUUGCACAAGCAGCAUUCGGGGAAAGAUUAGGUGUCUGGCUUGCUCUCUUCCCGACUGUUUACUUAUCAGCAGGGACUGCGACUGCUUUGAUUCUCAUUGGAGGGGAGACCAUGAAACUUUUCUUCCAGAUAGUUUGUGGGCCUCUCUGUUCAUCUAAUCCUCUAACGACAGUGGAGUGGUAUCUGGUGUUCACUUCCUUAUGCAUUGUUCUAUCUCAGCUUCCGAACCUCAAUUCAAUUGCUGGGCUCUCCCUCGUAGGGGCAGUGACAGCCAUUACUUACUCAACCAUGGUGUGGGUCCUCUCUGUAAGCCAACAGAGGCCACCCACAAUUUCUUACCAGCCCCUUUCUUUGCCUUCGUUCUCUGCUUCUGUAUUUUCAGUCAUGAAUGCACUUGGAAUCAUAGCCUUUGCAUUCAGAGGCCACAAUCUAGCUUUGGAGAUUCAGGCAACAAUGCCAUCAACAUUUAAGCACCCAGCUCAUGUGCCGAUGUGGAGGGGUGCCAAAGUUGCCUAUUUCUUCAUUGCCAUGUGCUUGUUCCCUGUUGCUAUUGGAGGCUUUUGGGGUUAUGGAAACCUUAUGCCUUCUGGAGGGAUUCUCAAUGCCCUGUAUAGGUUUCACAUUCAUGACAUUCCAAGAGGGCUUCUUGCCAUGACUUUUCUGCUAGUUGUGUUCAACUGUUUGAGUAGUUUCCAAAUAUAUUCAAUGCCCGUCUUUGACAGUUUUGAAGCAAGCUACACCAGCCGUACCAACCGCCCUUGCUCGAUCUGGGUCCGCUCUGGUUUCCGGGUCUUCUACGGAUUUGUCAACUUCUUCAUUGGGGUGGCACUUCCUUUCCUCUCUAGUCUUGCUGGUCUCUUGGGUGGACUCACUCUUCCUGUCACCUUUGCAUACCCUUGUUUCAUGUGGGUUCUCAUAAAGAGGCCAGCAAAAUUCAGUUUCAAUUGGUAUUUCAAUUGGAUCCUGGGGUGGUUGGGGAUUGCCUUUAGCUUGGCCUUUUCCAUUGGAGGUAUUUGGAGUAUAGUAAACAACGGACUUAAACUGAAAUUUUUUAAGCCCAACUGAGCUCAUCGCUGCAAUUCAACAAAAACGGGUGCGGAAGAUUUCAAACUCGUAGAAUUAUGUGAGAGUUGAAUGAUAUUGUUGGACUGACGUGGGCUGAAAGCAUAAUAUAUAGCUCAUUUGUGCAGCUGAACGGUCAGCUAGCUCAAAAGUGCUGUCAUGUUCCUUAUGUAAUGUAAUUUGGUUCGUCUCUGGCAAUGUAAUCAAGGUUGGCUUGUGAUGUUAUAAUGCUUAAGUGGCCUAUUCCAUAAAUAUGUGCUAAAGAAUUGUCUCAUAUUGAGUUGUGAGGAAUGCCAACAUCUGUUUUUCUUA